AAUGGAUGUACGUGUCGAAGCAGUUUUAGGAUUGACGAGCCUAUACUGAUAACGGUCAUUGAUGAUUCGCUUUGCUAUUAAUCUUUACGAUUUCGGUAAUGUGCUCAUGGUAGUCAUGGAAGGGCUCCAUAUGACUCAUUUAUGGGUUCAGUAAGACUCUGAUACAUCAGAAAUCAUAAUUAGUUUAUCGAUAGAGAAGCAAGGAUGUGAGUUGUUCUAGUUUUAGGGAAAUGCGAAGAUUAAUUCAGGAUAGGAAAGUGGAGGUGCGUGUACAACCAGUCCUAGGACUGACGACAUUAUGAUAAUGAUGAUGAUGAAACAGACGAUAGGCGUUAUUUUGUAUGAAUAUUAUGUGAGCUUUGUUAGUUCAAGUCUGUCCUGAAGAAGUGAACUUCAAUAAUUCACGAAACGUUAGCACAAAAAGAGUCAGCCCUAUACAAAUCGAAUACAUCAGCAAUGUAGGUAAUACAAUGAUAGAAAAUUGUUUUCUCUUUUGUAAUUUCUUUAAACAAGAUGCGAAUGUUAAGUAGCACUUGCAACCUUUUGCAUUUUGUUCACAAAAACUUGACAAUGUAUCGAGAUAGUGGUGCCUUUCAACCUGUUAUUCAAAAUGUCAAUUAGUUGUCAAGUUUGUCACAAGUCCGACGGUUACAUGUGUCCAUUAGAAAAAAUCAUGCAUCAAAAUUUUCCCGUUUCUCUUUUCAAUUGGUUUGGGGCAGUAUGCACUCUGAAGAAAGUGAUAGCAGUUUGCCCUUUUUCCCUGAUUUCGACACCGAAUAUCAUAAACAUAUUCUCAGGGUUACCUGGUUUGAAACCGAUUUUUCCCAGUCCCGAUAUAGUUUCAAAAGUCAACCUGGUGGAAGUAACGCAUGCACAAUUAUAGCCAUACUAAUGGCUUGGAAGUGCCAUUUUAAGGAUAUAAAUGUAAAAGGACCGGAUAAAGAGUUAAAUAUUCGGCUUAUCUAUGCCCUUGCUCAUUCUAUGUUGGAGGGAAAUGAUAUUCAUAACGAAUUGAAAAAACGAGGAUCUCUUUAUGAUAUUAACCUCACAGUACCAGAGGCUAUCAAGUUCAGCGGAUUAGCAAAAUAUGGAUUAACCGAAUGGAAGAGUUUACUUUUUAUGGAGCCCCUCUGCGACACGCUGCACCAUAACAUAAAGAACACUUGGUCUCAAUGGGUCAACAAUCCUUUGAGCAAAUCUCAUCCAGAUAUGUACAUUGUCCUGAUUUCCGAUUCUCGCAGUGUCCUUUUUAUUAUCCAAUAUGCAUUUAAUACGGUUGCAGUAGUUGAUUCCCAUCAACACGCUUCUGCUGGUGCUUUAAUAGCGAUUACGUAUCGUCAACGUCUUCAACUUCUUUGCCAAUGGUUUUCCGAAAUGAGCGAAAAACUUUACAACUCCCACCCUGAAGUGUAUGAACUUUCUUUUUUGUAUUUUAAAAAUGGCACCGACAGUGACUUCAGUUUGAGUCACUCGAUUUCAGAAAGUGUUAACAGUAAUGUCACUCCCAGUUUUAACGAAAAUCAAAGUUUUACUACGCAAAGUCGAAGUAUUGAUGAAAACUCGAGUUUCGAAGAGAGCGAUGGGUCGAAUAUUGUAAGGAGCAUAAAGAGUGAAUAAUUUACGGCUCAGUGGUGUCCCUAUGUCUUUGUACGAUUUAAUACAAUUAUCUGCAACUGAUACUUGUUUAAUGGGAAAAAUUAAAUUUAUUGUCAAAAGAUUGCCUUAUAUAUGUUUAUGUGGGAAUAAGUUCUCUUAGGAGCUUAGUUGCAAAAAAUAUUGCAUUAUUGGUUUAUUCAUUUAUUGCU